AUGGCCGAAGAAACCAGCAAAUUGAGAUACAUUGAUAUCGGCAUCAAUUUUACCGACCCAAUCUUCCGCGGCAUCUACCACGACAAGCAACGGCACGAAGAUGAUUUCGAAGACAUCAUCCAGCGCGCCCUAGACGCCGGAUGCAAGAAGUUCAUGGUCACAGGAUCCGACCUCGCAGAGUCUAAACACGCCAUUGAAAUCUCUAAAGCCUACCCUGGACUGUGCUACGCGACAAUAGGCGUCCACCCUUGCUCUGCUAAACAAUUCGAUGAGUAUCCUGGUGGACCUGACAAGCUCCUCGAGGCGCUGAAAGAGCUUGCGGCGGAGGCGAAAGAGGCGGGCCAUGCUGUUGCGUUCGGCGAGUUUGGACUCGAUUAUGAUCGCUUGUUUCUGACGCCUAAGGAGCAGCAGCUCAAGUACUUCGAAGAGCAGCUCGAGAUUGCUGUUGAGGUGCAGCUCCCCUUGUUCCUGCAUUCGCGAGCUGCGAGCGAAGAUUUUGAGAGGUUGUUGAAGGCGAAGUUGGAGCAGUUGCCGAAGAGAGGGUUGGUGCAUAGUUUCACAGGGACAGUGGGGGAGAUGCAGAGACUAAUAGAACUGGGCUUCGACAUUGGAGUUAAUGGGUGUAGCAUGAAGACGGACGAGAACAUCGAUGUCGUGAGGCAAAUACCACUUGAGCGGUUGCAGAUCGAGACAGAUGGUCCCUGGUGCGAAAUGCGGCCCAGUCAUGCGUCAGCAAAGUUCCUCAAGGAUGCCCCGCCUUUACCCAAGGCUAUCAAGAAGGAGAAGUUUGUCAAGGGUGCCAUGGUCAAGGGGCGAAAUGAGCCUGCUACCAUUCCGCACGUGGCGUAUGCUAUUGCGCAGAUCAAGGGCAUCACCGUGGAAGAGGUGUGCGAUGCGGCGUGGAACAACUCAAUCAAGAUGUUCGGCCUUGGAGUGUCAGCAUAGAAUGGUUCCUUUUGACGGCAUAUAGAGUGCAUUUAGAG